AUGGAGCCGGCGGAGGGCUGGGACCCGUACGGGCGGCCGGCGCGGCGCACGCAGUGGCUGGUGAGCGCCCUGGCCUACCACUACGGGCUGGACCGCGGCGUGGAGAACGAGAUCGUGGUGCUGGCCACCGGCCUCGACCAGUACCUGCAGGAGAUCUUCCACCACCUGGACUGCGCCGGGGCGGGCAGGAUCCCCGGCGAGGAUUUCCGGACGCUGUGCCAGGUGCUGGGGCUGGAGGAGGCGGCUGAGGCGGCGGCGGACCCCGAGGAGUGCGCGGGGCUGUGGGAGGGCCUGGCCCCCGAGCUCACCUUCCGCCAGUUCCACGCCCGCCUCUGCGGCUACUUCAGCACCAAGGCGGGCAGCGGCCCCCGCUGUGCCGUGCCGCGGCUGCCGCUGGGCCGGGAGAGCGAACACAUCGAGACCCAGAUCCGCCUGCGCAGCCCCCGCCGCCGCCGCCGCCUCCGGGAGCCGCCCGCGCCCGCCGCGCCCGGGAGACCCACGGGGGAGGCGGCUGCGGAACGGCCUCCGGCGGGGCCCUGCUCGCGGGAGUGCUACGAGGAGAUCGUGGCACUGGAGCAUGCCGAGGACCGCAUCGCCAAGCUGGAGGAGGAGAACGGCAGCCUGCGGGAGCUGGUGGAGGACAUGCGGGCUGCCCUGCAGAGCAGCGAUGCUCGCUGCUUGGCCCUGCAGGUAGGACUGCGGAAAAGCCAUGCUAGCCAUAAGGAAGAGGGGACCUGUUUCAUAGGGAGUAAGAAACUGCUAACCCACAACCAUUCUCAGCCCAAGUGCCUUCAGAGUGUUCUGAAGGAAGUUGAACUCAUCCGGAGCUCCAGAGAUGGGCAAAUUGAAGAAGCAAUCAGGUUCAAUCAAGAGUUGGAAAGAGAGCUGAAGAGCUCUCAGGAAGCUCUGGUCAGUCUGGAAGACUGCAACCGUAACCUGAAGAGGGAACAAGCAGAGAUGAGGAAGAAGGUUGAAGAGGCAAGGCAUGCUGUUCUUAACAGCCUUGGCAAGGUGAAGGAGCUGGAAGUGAAAGCCAACGAGGUGCCACAUCUGCAGACACACAUUCAGCAGCUGGAGUCGGAACUGCAGCACUAUAGGUCAGAAGUGGUGAGAUUUGAGCUUCCCUCCAGAAGCAGCCCUGGGCAGAGGGAGGGAGGAGCAGGACCUGAUGGGAGGUACUGCCUGCCUGGUGUCCAGCCAGACCGGCGAUCUCCCACCGGCGGAGCGGGCACCUCGGAGAACGCAGAGGAUCAGCUGUUUCGCUCGGUGGAGGGCCAGGCUGCCUCUGAUGAAGAGGAAGAGAAGUGGGGAGGAGACCAGCCAGCCCAGGUGGACCAGAUGAAGAAAAUCCUGGCCAAGCUCCCUUGCUGUGGCAGUGGGUGUGAUGAAAAAAUGUGGAAGAAGCUAAUGUCUUACUUGGAGACCACCAGUCCUGAUGGCCACGAAACAGUCCCUGCAGAGCUUACAGAGAGAAUCACACAGCUAACCCAGCAGCUUCAGCUCAAAGGGCAUAAGGUGAAAACACUGGAAACAAAUAUGGAAGAGGUGAGAGGCCCACUGCUAGGUGAACUGCAGCAAAAGGUGGAGGAGACUGAACUGCUGAAGAUGGAGCUGCAGAUGUUGGAGACUGAGAGAGUUAGGCUGUCACUGGUGGAAGAAAAGCUCAUGGAUGUCUUACAGCUUCUUCAACAGCUUCGAGACUUGAACGUGUCCAAGCGAGCCCUGGGGAAAAUCUUGCUGAGCACUUUGGAAUCCUGCCCUGACCCUCAGCCAGGCAAAGCCCACCUCUUUGAAGUCCUGGAUACUCUCCAGCAGGAGCUGGCAGCCUGCGAGCUCUUACAGAGCCAGCCCGUGGAGAAGGCCCAGAGCCGCCAGUCCGUGUCCAACCCUCUGGUCAUCUCCUGCUGA